AUGUCGCUGACGUCGAAUGUUAAAAUCUGGCUCCGCCGGAAUCGACCAUCGGGUGUAGUCUCCGGCUUCCUUGCGUUUUUUGUGGUCUCAUAUAUUAUCAUUACGAAACUCGACGAGAAGCGACUCACAAAGAACACCGUUAAUUACGUCCGGACGCGUAUCAACGUCAUUCCGGCGGAUAUAAUGCAGGAAGUCGACCAAGACCACGUUAAUAAUGGCAAAGGAGUCAUAUAUGCUUUUGAUGAGGAAGACCGGAAGCAGCUAAACGGCGUUUACUACAGCUCCCCAGCCGCGUCUGCGGACGAAUUCGAGAGCCAUAUGAAGCUGCAGCGCAGUCAUUAUGCAGGGGAGAUAACCGGUGGAUGGAACAACGUGUUAUCUGCCCAUAACGACACAAAACGGAUUGACCUAAAGCCAGUUUAUUCGAAGGACUUACUACCGGCAAAACGUCAAGAGGAUGCAGUUGCCUCUACAAAGCACACACGCAUACACGAAUACAACGCGUUUUCCGAAUCUAAGGACAAGCGAAAUUCUAUAAAUAGCAAUCAGUGUGUUCUGUUAAAGACGCAUCAUGGCAACGCCCCAAUCUGUAUCCACGACCUUGCAGACGAUGAGAUCAUCUCGGGGCGUCUCGCGAAGGACGGGGUGUGGGAGGGGAACUAUUUAUACAUCAUAGGGAGCAUUCUCUCUCGUGAACCUAAUAUCGAGGUACUGGACCUCGGCUGCAACAUUGGCGUGUAUACUAUAAUCUCGGCCAAACUGAAGCACAGAGUUGUCGCGCUUGAUCCGAACAAGAUCAACAUCAGACUUCUGAACAAAUCUCUCAACCUGGGCGGCCUGUCCCGCUACGUGACGCUGCUGUGGAACGCGAUUUCUGACGUUCGCGAGAACGUGACGCUGUAUGACAUAAUCGGGAACAUUGGCGGGAGCUUCGUUGAAACAGCAGACAAGAAUGCAACUGUGGACGAUGAUCAUAAAUCGUUUGCAAUAACGUUAGAUGAUCUCAUAGGUUAUUUUGUUGGAAAGCCGGUCUUCGUAAAAAUGGACAUUGAAACUUAUGAGUUAAGAGCACUGAAAGGAGGUUCGCAAUUCUUCAAGGAGAUUGACGUUCGUUACGUUCUUAUGGAGUGGAUUUACCAUCGCGAAUUUGCUACUGGAAAAGAUGUGAUAAAAAUGAUGGAGCAAUACGGAUUGUUUCCACAUACGAAAAUCCAACCCACACAAAUCCGUCUGGUUCACUAG